ACCGAUCUUAUUUAAGAAUUGAAACUACACAGCACAAAACAGACAAGUGAGAAGGGAAAAAGAGAAACGGAGGAUUCUGAUUCUCCUGAAUCUUCAUCUUCUUCCUCCUUUUCUCCGAUCGACUUUCUCUUUCUAUCUCUCUACAGAUCUCUCCUAAUUCCUCUCGUUCUUUCAAACAGGACCGGAGUACUUAUUUACCGAGAAUUAUUAUAACUAAAUUUGUCUCCAAACCCAAUCAGUCCAGUCACCAGGUUAAUUCAUUUUCUUUCUGAAAUUGCAAAUAUUCCAUGUUGAGAAUGUUGGCACAAGUCUUGAUGGGGACGGAAGGAGGUGGUCAGUCACUCUUUUCCACCAUCAAAAUCGCGAUCCUCCCCAUUGCUAAGGUCUUUACCAUGUGCUUCCUCGGCUUUCUUAUGGCCUCUAAGUAUGUCAACAUCCUCCCUGCCAACGGCCGCAAAUUGCUCAAUGGGCUGGUUUUUACUCUGCUUCUCCCCUGUUUGAUUUUCUCCCAAUUAGGGCAAGCUAUUACUCUCCAGAAAAUGCUUGAAUGGUGGUUCAUCCCCUUCAACGUUGUUCUAGCCACGAUUUCAGGAUCACUCAUUGGCCUAAUCGUUGCAACUAUUGUGCGCCCUCCAUACCCAUUCUUUAAGUUCACUAUUAUACAUAUUGGAAUUGGAAACAUUGGCAAUGUACCUCUUGUCUUGAUUGCUGCUUUGUGUAGAGAUCAAUCUAAUCCUUUUGGGGAUUCAGACAAGUGCAGCCGAGAUGGAACCGCAUAUAUUUCAUUUGGUCAAUGGGUAGGUGCAAUUGUUCUGUAUACAUUUGUAUUCCAAAUGCUAGCACCCCCUCCUGAAGGUACCUUUGAUGUUGAAGGCGGACCUCUUCCUAUCAAAAAUCAAUCACACAAUAGAACUACAGCUCCGGAACAAGUUCCUUUACUAUCUCAAGAUCCAGGGUCGAACAUAUCAAAUGUGUCGAAUAAAGGAAAGAUCAAGGAAUUCUUGAUGUUCGUAUAUGACAAGCUUAAGCUGAAACAACUCAUUCAACCUCCUAUCAUAGCUUCUGUACUGGCAAUGAUAUUUGGAUGUGUUCCAUUCUUGAAGCGUUUAAUCUUUACAAGUGAUGCUCCACUAUAUUUUUUCACGGACAGCUGCAUGAUUCUUGGGGAGGCUAUGAUACCUUGUAUUUUGUUGGCAUUGGGAGGAAAUCUUGUGGAUGGGCCUGGUAGCUCAAAAUUAGGGCUUAAAACAACUGCUGCAAUUAUUUUUGGGCGGUUGGUUUUAGUACCACCAUCGGGGCUUGGCAUUGUGACUCUGGCUGAUAAGCUAGGAUUCCUUCCUGCUGGUGACAAAAUGUUCAAAUUUGUGCUGCUGCUCCAGUACUCAAUGCCCACAUCUGUGCUUUCAGGUGCUGUUGCAAACUUAAGAGGAUGUGGAAAGGAAUCUGCUGCAAUACUGUUUUGGGUUCAUAUUUUUGCAAUUAUUUCAAUGGCUGGAUGGAUUGUGCUAUACAUCCACAUUCUCUUCUAAAAAUAGACGGCUCUCUAUGCCGGAUGAACUUUUGCUUGUUAAGGUCAUAAUUGAAUUUUAUUUGGAUGAAAUGGAUCAAAAUGGUCAAGUUCUGAACUUGACAAGCAGAAGCUAUAGUUAUUUGAGGCUGUACAGCGCCAUAUGGAACUAUAAACUUGAGGAUUGUUAUACAUGUUCCUUGCAUAGUCAUAAUUCAAAGUUCGGUUGUGGUAAUAGAAAACAGGGGGGAGGGGGCAAGGGUUGUGUUCGUGUACAUAGCUGUUGACUGUGGGUGUACUAGUGAGAAACAUUUAGGUUCUAAACCUUAUUUUACCUAAAGUAUUCUUCCAAAUGAUUUGGGAGAAGCUGUUUUGUGUAGUUCAUACAUGUCUUGAUAAAUAAUUUGCUGUGCAUACUGCAUACUCGAUAAGAUCAUCUCAUCUCUUUCGAAGCAGUGGUGGAGUUAAGUUUGGAUGAAGGUCGGCCAUCGGUCCAUUCUAAUGUAACAAUUAUAUAAUAUGAGAUAUUCUUCUCACUAAUUUUAUUUUAUUUUUUUUGAUUUAGGGUGAGGAGAAUUCUGACUAUAGGAUGAGGGAGAAAUGGAGAAUGAUCAUUGAAUUCCUGAGCAAAAGCCUUCGAUUGCUAGAUCAAUUCGUACUAAAAUCUUCUAUUCAUGUUACUUUUGUAUUACUUAUAAUAUGAAAAUUUAAAAUCCACUGAAGAUGAUUUUUGGGAUUUCUUGCUUUUGUCUUCCAACUAAAUUCAAUUCCAGUAUUCCGUGCCAUCUAGAGCUUUUUAUCUU